AUGGAGUUAUCUUGGAGCCAUAGAUCAUCAUAUUUUCCAUUGCUUUUAUUUUUCCUAGCAUUUCUGGGCUAUUAUUCUUCAUGUGGGGAAGCAACUCAAGAUCUAAUUGAACGUGUUUGCUCUAAAUCAAAAGACCCUUCAUUUUGUACCAAAGCCUUAGAGUCAGACCCUCGUUCUCGCACUGCAAAUCUUGCCGGCCUCUGCCAAAUUUCGAUUGAUUUAUCAACAACCAAUGCCAAAUCAACCCAAGCCCUGGUUACUUCCCUUGGAAAAAAGGCAACUGAUAAGAUAUCAAAAGAGAUAUACAAUACUUGCUUGGAAAACUAUACAAACAGCAUUUCCGUUCUUGGUGAUUGUACCAAGCGAUUGCAAGCUGGUGAUUAUGCAGGCGUGAAUAUCAAAGCAUCAGCAGCUCAAACUGAAGUUGAUACUUGUGAUGAAUGUUUCAAGGAACGUAAACUCCCUGAACCACCAACACUUACAAAUGCUUGUCAGAAAGAGCAAAAACUUUGUAAUAUUAUUUUGGUUACAGCAAAUAUGUUGCAAGGAAAUUAA